UGUCCCUGCCGGCAUUUUUCUGAUUAUCCACUGAGCAGCCUGUUAUUAUAUCUCACUGUGUGUGUGUGUGUGUGUGUGUGUGUGUGUGUGUGUGUUACAGGAAGACAAACACUUUUUCUUGUUGAUAAUCUUUGUCUCCUCCUCCUCCUCCUCUUCCUCAUCCUCCUCCUCUUCCUCAGGUGGAGGACGAAGCAGAACCUGGACUACUGUUUCCUGAUGAUGUACGCUCAGACUAAAGGAACUUACUACGUCCAGUUAGAGGAUGACAUUGUCGCUCGUCCGAACUACUUCACCACCAUGAAGAACUUUGCGCUGCAGCAGCCGCUGGAGGAGUGGAUGAUCCUCGAGUUUUCUCAGCUCGGAUUCAUCGGUAAGAUGUUCAAGUCUUUGGACCUGUCACUUAUCGUAGAGUUCAUGCUGAUGUUCUACAAAGACAAACCCAUCGACUGGCUGCUGGACCACAUCAUGUGGGUCAAAGUGUGCAACCCGGAGAAGGAUGCGAAACACUGCGACAGGCAGAAAGCCAACCUGAGGAUUCGCUUCAAACCGUCUCUCUUCCAGCAUGUGGGCACCCACUCCUCUCUGGCUGGAAAAAUACAGAAACUCAAGGAUAAGGACUUUGGGAAACAGACCCUCCAUAAGGGUCACGCCAACCCGCUGGCAGAGGUGACGACCAGCCUGAAGACCUACCAGCACUUCACCCUGGAGAAAGCCUACCUGGGGGAGGACUUCUUCUGGGCCUUCACCCCAGUGGCUGGGGACUUCAUACGGAUACGAUUCUUCACACCUGUCCGCAUCGAGAGGUAUUUCUUUCGGAGCGGAAACAUUGAACAUCCAGGAGACAAACUUUUCAACACAUCAGUGGAGGUUCUGCCAUUUGAUAAUAUCCAGGCAGACAAGGAGGCCUUGACAGAAGGGAGGGAGAAAACGCCAAAGUACCAUCGGACAGAGGACGGAUUCAUCAGAAUAGGUGAGACCAGUGUGGAGUAACAUGUUACUUUAACUCCACUGCUUUUGGGCGUAACUAGUAACACAACUAAUUACGUUUUCAAAUUAAAUAACGAAUUUACAAUUACCAUUAUUAGUGGACAACUGCAGAAGACGGCAGACAAACGCAGCACGUCUUGUGGUGGCCCAGACAUUUCAGUCCAUCCUUCAAAUAAUUACUGAUUACCUCACGACUGUAGCAAAGCUCAGCUGAUGUUUACAUCUUCUUCUGAAUCCUCCUGUCUACUAACCAAGACAUUAACUGUACCUAACAACACUAAAAUAAUAUAACAGACGUUUAAGAGUAACUCAAAAGUUACUUUCUCUAUUAACUACUUAAUUUCAUAUGCAGUCAUUUGUUAAGUUUACUUUUGAAGAGAAGUAACUAGUAACUAAUUUGCAGUAACUGCAGGUUGAAUCCCCACAUCAGCUGCUGAAGAGUCCAUAAGCUAAACAAGCUGCUCAGUGACUAUCGGUCUGUCUCAGAAUAAUAUGGUAGAAACUUUUUGUUUAUUUUUUUACUGGAAGACAAAUUUAACUUAUUCAUUUAGAUGUGGGCGCUGUGAAACACCAUGUGGUAUUUCAGUAUGAGACUUCAGAGACAAUAAUUGAUAAUAUUGAAUCAGCUCCCUGCAAGGGGCCGAGCCAGCAGGAAUGAGGAGUCAAAAAGCUGUUUUUAUUUACCCAAAACUGAAAGAAACAGGUUAUAAAAUAUGCAACUAAAUCUAAACUCAGGCUGUGGUAACUGAAGAUAAAACUAAACACAAAAGGGUCAUGUGGCUGCUGUUGUCGCUGCUUGUUGUCCCCCAUCGUUGCUGUUGUCGUCGUCAUCAUCUUCUUCAUGUUCAUCAUCAGUCACUACUAUUACUAUUA